AUGGUGAACAAAUCAGAGUUUAGGUUUAGGUUUGAGGGUGGAGCAGAGACUGAUGGUGAUGACUCGGUUCAGGCAAAGAGGUUGAAGAGGAGAUGGCCAACAGAAGACAACUAUAAGCAAGAACACAAGUCAUGGAUAGCCAUUAAUGACCCUUCCUCCUUCCCUUCUUUUGAACAACAAUUAGAGCGUAAUGACUCUCUUCCAUCCAGUGUCAUAAACAAUGAUCCAGCCAUAGUUAAGAAACUGAGCCACAAUGCAAGCGAACGCGAUCGCCGGAAGAAAUUAAACAAUCUGUUUUCUUCUCUUAGAUCAAUACUUCCUGGAAUUGAUCAAACGAGGAAAUUAAGUAUUCCAGCAACGGUUUCGCGUGUUCUUAAGUACAUACCAGAGCUUCAGAAACAAGUUGAAAGGCUUAAGCAAAGGAAGGGAGAGAUCUUAGCAAGUGUUUAUAACAGAGGAAAUAACAAACAGAGAAAUAGUAUUGUAAGGAAAUCACUUCCUACUGUAUCAGUGAGCCGGGUUGAUGAAAAAGAUAUUCUGAUUCAGAUUUGCACAUCUAAGAACACAAGAAGACCAUUCUCAGAGGUUUUAAUGAAUUUAGAAUAUGAAGGGCUUCAAGUAUUGGAUGUUUCAGUUUUUGGGUCUUCAGGGGAGGUGGUAUUUUUCAAUCUUCAUCUUCAGGUUAAUUUACUUCUUCUCUACUUGUGA